CAUAUACGGACCUUCACUCUGGGUUUGGUGAGGCUGAAGGGCGUAGCCAUGCUGAUUUACUGCCUGUGGACAACUCUCCCGUGGAUUGUCCUAAGCCAGACGUACUACAUGAGCUUUGUUUUCAACAACUACGGGCCCUCCAGAAUAAAUGCACCCCAACUUGGAUUCAACGGCACACCAAAUAACGAAUUACAGGGAGGAACUCCGGGGGUUAGUUCGUUAGAGCAUUCAAACGAGGGAGAAACUCUUGAGGUCAGUUCGUUGGAGCAUUCAGGGGAAUCCAAACAUAACCCAGUCAGUAAAAAGAAACACGGCGAUAAGGAUACUCUUGAACUGGCUUCAGUUGACCAUUCGCGGGAGACUCACCAUAACUCAAAGCCCGCUGUAGAAAACAUGGAUUCGAGUGAUUCCGACGAGACGUGGAUGUGGUCAACAACUUCAAAGCUAAGACUUACAACUUCAACGAGAAAAAAGAUAAAAACAAGGCCCACAACAAAUGAAACUCCUGAGUCACCCACUGAAAUCACCACAGAGGCCGCAAUGGUGACUGCAAUUGAUAAAGGGAAAACAGAUGACUUAUCUAUAAAACCCCCUCAAGAACUUUACACUGAGAUGCCCGAAGAGAAUUUGGUAAUCACGGAAAACACUGAGGCACCCUUCACAGAUCGACCGGAAAUCAAAACAUAUAUCUACACCACACCCAAAGAUCAGGACGAAACAAAAGAGUACCUCCUACCUCAAGUCAUUCCUGCAAGGACUUGGGAGUCGGUAACACCCCAUCCCUCCGAAUUCUUCGAUUACCCACAGGCCGAGUGCCGCGAGGACAUGGAUCUGCACGAGGUGUUUGGCAUUAGUCUCGAGCGAGAUCGGGGCCUGCCCACCAAGAUCCUGUGCAACUUCAAAAACAGCUGGGGAGGACCUUGGCUGCUGAUGACGCGAAUAGAGCUCCCAGUACGCAUACACCUGCGCCACUGGUACUUCGGCUAUGUGACCCCGGACUACAAGGACAUUAACAUCAACUUUCUGGCCCUGGCACACAUCAUGAACUCCAUGCGAACGGCCAUGCUGAUCAUCGGGCAGGACAAGGACAACCAGUUGGUCUAUAAUCUGUACGACGAUGUGGUCAUCUCGGCCUUCAACGAUCUGUUCAUGUUGCGAAAGGCCGAGUUGGUGGAGGCCAACACCACGGAGCUUCUGUUCGUGUCCGUGGGCAAGGUGAUGAGUACGUAUGCGGGACGGAAUCGAUCGUGUCCCUUGCAGGUCCUCGGCAGCUGGUGGGGUCAUUUUACGGUGAAGGAGAUGUAUGAGGGAUUUUUCUGUGUCUUCCCCAAGGAUCGGGACGUUUCAAGACCUGGCUAUGUGGCAAUUUUUAUCAAACCUAGCUUAUUUCCGGCAAAUCACACAGCGUUUUACAACAGACCGAUCUCCACCCGAAGGCCCUGGAAAUCCAAUUUGAGUGCUAAGAUAUUGAAUGAAACUGUCCGAAAUUCGGCGCAAUAUAAAAAGGAACAAGACACAGAAUGGGAACGAAACAAGCUGGCUGUCAAUAAGGAGCUAUCCCGUCGAGCCAGGAUCUUCGAGGCCAUCGACAGGCUGAGGCUGCAGGAGGCCAAGCGGGGUCACUGGGGCUUCAGGUAGCAGACGAAGGGGGUUCUAGUUUUAUGGUCACUUAUGGGAUGGGCAUUCUCCAUUACUCAAAAGAGAGAAUAACUUAAGUUUAGCUUCGUGUAAGUACUAAAUCACUCAUAUAUUUAAGCCAAUAAAUACGAGUUGAAGUUCU